AUCCCCUAUCUCUCCUUCCUCAAUGUCAUCCUCUCAACACUCUACAAACAUCAUCAUGAACAACAACAAGAACACAACAAUAUUAGUGAUCCCUUUCCCUGCCCAAGGCCAUCUAAACCAACUCCUCCACCUCUCCCUCCACCUCUCCGCCUCCGGUCACUUCUCCUCCGUCCACUUCGCCGGUUCUUCCAUCCAUAACCUUCAAAUCAUCUCCCGUUUCCAAGGCUGGCCUUCCUCCUCCCUCUCCACUCUCCGCAUGCACGACUUCCCUUUACCACCUUUCUCCACUCCCCCUCCCAAUCCCUCCUCCAUUUUCCCUGACCACCUUCUCCCUCUCUUCCACUCUUUAUCCCAACUCCAACCCUUUCUUUCCUCUCUUCUCCACGACCUCUCCUCCUCCUCCAAACGUCUCAUCCUCAUCCAUGACCCUCUCAUGUCCUUCGCUGCAAAACAAGCCCUCUCUCUCAAAACCUCCACUCACAUCCAAGUUUUCAAGUACAUAUGCGCUCCUUGCUUUUUCCACCUCUCCUUCCUACCUAACCAGACCUCAAGUGAUCUUGUUCUUAAGCAAUUCCCAGGUUGUUAUAGUGACACU